CCGGCAUAACUGAUGCACUCGAUCAUGGAACACAUGAAGAUGGAUGUGAUAUUCAACCUACUUGAGAAGCACAGACUAGAGCCUUACUACAACAAGUUUCUACAGUUAGGUGUGAAGGAUGAAAGAGAUUUCAUUGAUAGUCUAACAGAGGAAGACUUAACCAACCUUGGAUUAAGUCAGGUGGAAAAGAAUCGUUAUUCCAUGAUGACAAAAAACAUUGGCAGAUUUAGAGCCCCAGCACACCCAGCUGCAAUGCCAGUGCAAAAGUCAGUAAAGUCAUUCUCUCUGCAGUACACAUAUCCCAAAUGUCCAGAACUGAAACACAUCACAGAUAUGGAUCCAGCACAAAAUACAAUCGAAGAUUUGAUGUUGAGGAUUUGCCAUUCUGAAAGUAUUCCCUCAUCCAAGGGCGUCUGUCUCUACACAUUUGAUGGGAUGCCCCUGACAGACGAUCCCUUCUUCAACACAUGGUCUUUACAAGACAGACACAUUAAAAGUGGAGAUGUAAUCUAUGCUAUAUUUACACCAAAGGAGAACUUGAAUACAGCUCCUCCAAAUUCCCAGCAACUGGGAAAUGAAACCUUUGGAACGGAUACAGUUCGGUGCCAUGUCAUGCUCAAGGGAGACUUUGAGGUGAAUGUGGACCUGGAAAAAGACACAAUAGCUAAUCUGAAGAAGAAGCUUGCAAAUGAAAGUGGGAUCCCAGCACAUGUUCUUCAAUACAAAGGAGAAACUGGAACUGGCAACACACUGGAAAAUUGUGGAAUCUCAGAGGGGUCCACAGUGCACUUCUCACUGUCCUCAUUUUCUGAGGAGCUUCCAGACUCCAGAAUGUUCUUCAAAGAUGAUGUUAAGCCCUCAGUGCAACAAACCCCCAAAGGAAUCAGUGCCCUCUUGUCGUCACUGUAUAUCAUUAAAGUUGGACCUCCAUUGGCUACAUACGGAAACUAA